AUGACCCGGCUACCUGUCUCGAGCCUGGUGUCUCCCCCAGAGGCAGAACCCCUUGACAGCUUCAACGCCCCCUGCUAUCAACCGCCCUUUCCUUCCUCCAACAAACUGCCUCCCAUCGCCCCCGAACGCGCUCAGUCCCAGACCGAUAUGGAUCUGCCUUCGCCACCCGUCACUCCCUACGAGCGGAGCAGAAAGAUCAAUUCUGCCCAACAGCCCGAUGCCAAUGCAGUCGCAGGCCCAUCGAGAGAUCCAGUGCUCUUCCCCUCCGAUCGAAGAUCGUCCGCAUUUGAAAACGAGCCGCUCUUUGGGCCUGAACUCGCCCCUCCUGCUGCCCAAGCGCUGGUAGAGAAACACAUUGCCAAGAGAAAGUCGACGGGCAGGGUCAAGUUCCAGCCACCAACUCGAGACGAGUAUAUGCUGGCUUUGGCUUGCGCUUCGCGUGUAAUCACAAACUACAACCGGAAUCCCGGUGCCUGGGCCAAGAAGGAACGGCAGAUCUUCGACCGUCAGUGGGACACAUUGCAUCCGAAAACACACGAGUCGAACUCGAAAUUCAAGAAACUCGCCCCUGCGCCUGGGAGAAAGGGCCAGUCUAGCGGUGGGCGCGUAUCGAAACCGCAGAGGGCGAAACGGACGCCUCGAUCCACUCCAAAGUCCAAGGCGCUCGACUCAUUUGAAUCUACCCCCGCUCGCAGUGCACCCAAGCCCCGCGUGAUCGGCACGAAUCGCGAUGAUACCGAUUAUAACUCCCUUCCGGAUUAUUCACCCCCGCUCGCCACCCUCCGCGGCACCAAGGGCCUCAAAGCCGAUUGGAAAGGCCAGGUUCUUGAUCUCAGCAACGACCCGGAUAGAAACGCACUGGACUCCUCUGAAAUCAGCCUCGCUGCCACGCUCCGUCUCUCUUGUGCCACUUACCUGUGCAGCAAGCGACGCAUCUUCGAAGCUCGUCUCCAUGCCCUUCGUCGGGGUAAGGAAUUUCGCAAGACAGAUGCGCAGCAGGCGUGUAAGAUUGAUGUCAACAAGGCCAGCAAGCUUUGGACUGCUUACGAUCGCGUUGGGUGGUUCAAUGCGGAUUAUUUCAAACAAUACAAUUAA